AUGAGUACUGCAUUCGGCCCUCUGCUGGCGCUGGGGUUCCUGGUGCUGGCGGUGGCCAGCGCGAUGUGGGGCAGCCUGGCGCUCCGCAUGCAGAUCAAGGUGGAGCUCUUCGUGCUGCGGCUGCUCUGCUGGUUGCAGCCCAACCUGAACUACGGAGUGGACGCGGCCAAGGCCGUCAGGCUCGCCAAUCAGGAUCUUCAGCAGAAAAAGUCGAAGUUCACCAAGCUGGAGGACCAGUUGUGUAAAGUCCGUGCUGCUCUGGAGCAUUGCCGUCAAGUGGUUCGACUGGCUGAAGUUCGCAAGAUCGCGGCGGAUGAGGAGGCGAGCCAGUUCAACGAGGACGCAUGGGCCGAGAAGAAGAAGAUCGAGCAGAAGCAGGCGGAGUUGGACGCUCGCGCUGCUCAGGAAGCUCGAGGUCGUGCACAUGUACCUGGCCCUGCUCAGGGCACCCCACCCGCAGCGGCGGGCGCCGCAGCUGCUCCUGCUUCCCCCGAGGGUGCUGGCGGGCAUGGUGCAGCUCAUGAUGGCCCCCUCGUUCCUGGUCUCACGCCCGCGGGGAUGGUCGACUUCGGCUGGGUCGAGCAGAACUUGCACACCCUCGAGGAGCACGAUCUCGCCCGCUUGGAGGGGCGGUCGGCCGCCAGCUCGGAGCAGUGGCGCAACGUGCUCCAGUGGGCCAAGUCCCAGAAGGCGGAUAUCCCGAUGGACUUCGAUGACGAGGUCAGCGACGCGGGCAUUGGGGUGUCUGACGUGGGUGAGCUACGUGGUUUGCGCAAACGGGCGGCAGAGCAUGGACUGGGACCUGAGGGUUCCAGGAAGUAUGGUGAGUUGCUCCAGGCGCAUCGGGAUCUGCAGCGCAGCUUUGGCCAGCAUGCGCCCACCGAGCGGAGGCGGGCCAGGGAGAAGCGUGAGAAGAUCAAGGUGUGA